AUGCGACCUCAUGUGUUUGACCAAAUUAUGCAUGAUGUUGCCAACCACGAUCCGUACUUCGUGCAAACUGAUGAUGCCUUCGCCAAAGUUGGUUUGUCUACCGAACAAAAGUUGACUUGUGCUAUGAGGAUGCUUGCUUACGGGCUUCCGACCGACCUGUGUGAUGAGUUUCUAGACGUAGCUGAAUCUACAGUUUUAGAGAUCUUGUCGCACUUUACUAGAGCAAUCUGGAAUGUGUACCACGAUCAUUACCUUCCUCGACCAACUCCGGCAGAUUUGCAGCGAUUGCUCGAUGUUGCCGACAAAAGGGGGUUCCCUGGAAUAGUAGGAAGUCUCGAUUGUAUGCACUGGCAGGUGAGGCUCCUCGAGUUUCGUACCAUGUAG